AUGCUGGGGGGUCGGGAAGAGCCUCCAAGGCAGAACUCCCAGCCAAUUCCCUCCAACGCCGCUCAGCACAACCAACAACAACAUGUAUCGUUGAACUCGACCAGAAGCGGCCCUUCUAGCUCCGGAGCUUUGCUUUGCUCCAAAUCCAAGAGGUCUAGUGCCAAACAAAAGAGGAGUAAACGGGGAGCCAGCGGUAACCAACAUGUUGGGGGAGGGAAUGGUCAUACCAGUCAACAAUUGCAAGGCAAUGAAGCUCCCGCUCAGGACAAGGACGAGGGCGGGAUGGAAGGUGAUGAAGACAAACCAAUAGACACGCACAAGAGCGGCAGUCGUGGGCGGCUCAAAGACUUUCACGGGCCUGAGAAACAUGUACUACAAUGGGCGGGUCGCUUGUUCAUUGCUAUCAUGGCCAGCAGGGGAAUCGUUGACUCAAAGCUUGGACCGCUGCAUGCAAAGGAAUCGAAGUUGACCCCAAUGACUAUCCAAUUGCUCCGGCUCACGUGGAAAAUCUUGACGACUGCCUGUGCGCCUGGCGUAGUCAUUCUCGAGAUCACAUGGUGGAUCACGUCAAAUAUUUUCUUCAAUGCUCAGAUGAGCCGUGCCGAGGUGAAGGAGGAAGUCGAGCAACUGAAAACUGGGGCACUGCAUAUGAAGCCCAAUUUGGAGCCAGGGACCGGGUAUUUCCAGCACCUGCUCCUUCAAAUCUUCCUGAACGAAAAUUUGUUUAAGUUCAAGAAGGAUAUCGGUCCUCAGUUCCCUCAAUACUUCAAAAAAAUUCAAUUCCUUGUCGAGGAAUGGGACACAGGUGUCCGUGUGAGGAGCAAUCUUGAUUUUGAGACCCAGCAAAAGGCCUAUAACACUCACUUGGAAAGUCACGCGGUGUUUCUGGGUGAGUUGCCAGGACGUUGGGCACUAAUUCAAGAUCAGUUAUUUGCACGCGCCUUCAAACACAGCAGUGCCUCCAAAUUGGCAAUCCCUUUGGACAAUAAGAAUGUAUUACGCCGCAAGGAUGCCACCAUGGAUAACACUCAACAGAUUGGUGUCAACCAAGGAUUCAAGCAGGAUGGGGAAGAUUGGGCCGAGCAGGACAGGCUACUGUCACAUGGAGGUUCUGCCAACAAUACGCCCAAGAGGCAAAACAGCCACUACAACCACGACAAUCGUGGCUACAAGCCAGAGCACAGCCGAUCUCAUCAACAGAGCAACGACCGCGACCACGUUCAACCGGGAGCGUUGGGAAACCCGGAACGGUCAUUCAGAGCGCAGCCUGCCUUGUCAGGACAACAACCGAGAGUACCACCCAAACCAAGACCCACGUCAGGCCCAGACUCUUAUUCUCAGCGCGGCAGCUAUAGCCAAGGAUUUGGCAAUAACGGCAAUCGUCAACAUCCACAGGACUGGAAUGACCAGUCGGGGCACGCGGAAUUCAGCCAAACUACAAUUAUUGUGAUAACCAAUUUGACAACCGCAAUGAGCGUCAGGGCCAAGGCGGUUGGGACUAUUGCUUGCAGAUUGGCCCGCAGCGUUCUAAUUACAACCACCAUGACUCCCAUUUGCUCCAGGACAAUUGUCAUGGACGCAAGGACAGGAAUGCCGUGCCGCGUUGAUCACUCCUUGUCUGGCGGAGCCUGCAACACCCACAACCAACGCAAGUAUCCGCAGGGCGGUAGCUUCAACGACGGUGGUAUUACCAGCACCAGGGUACAUCUCAGAGCCGCACCCUCCCAACAACCGCCCUCAAUCACCUCAAAACAACUCUUGGCAGGAUUCAACUGA